UUAUUUUUCUCCUAUAUAUCAGGUAGCAAGUAGUGUCAACCCACUACUCCCCAUACUUCUUUUCUCCUCCAUUAUUUUUCCUCCUCCUCCUCCUCCUCAAAAUGGCGAUACAAUUGGAGAAUUUGGUAGAAUCGAUAAAAUCAAAGGUGAGGAAAUUGAAGAAAUCGAAGAAACCGUACAUCAAAAUGGACAAAAGCUCCAGCGUUAGAGUGGAGAUUCGCAGCAGAAAGGCACGUAAACUCAUCGAUAAGACUCUCCAAGCUGCUGAUCGUCCUGGCAAGAGUAGUCUCUCUUAGUACUCUUUCUCUCCAUUUCGAAUAAUAAAAAUUUCUCUUUGUUUGGAGUUUAUCUGUAUAUAUUUAUAGAUAAGUGGCUGUUUCUGUGUUCCUCGACGGCGAUGAUUCUUCAUUUUCCGAUGGGAACCGUUUCGGUUUAUUUUCCUUUUGUUUUGAUUUCCAUAGCUAUUAAUGAGGGGACAAAAAAAAAGGAUUAAAUGUUGGGUUUAUUUUUCUUUGAAUUUGAAUGAUUUUCUCUAACGUUGAUUUGGAGUUGUUAUUAAAGUGUAGUAGCAGGAGUUACUCAACUGGGAAUGAAGAAAGUGAUCAGAAACGGAUCACUUCUCUAUA